AUGCAGCCUCCAGAGGGUGCGCAGGUAGACCUGGGCAAGGCCCAGGUCAUUGAUCGCGUUCCUAAAGUGAUCAAGGAAUUGAAGUUUGGUGUCUUAACCAACGAUGAUAUUGUCGGCCAAGCCGUGGUGGAAGUUUCCGAUCGAAAGUUCUUCGACCUAGACCAAGCCCGAACAGUGGUUGCACAUGGACCUCUCGACCAGCGUAUGGGUAUCUCGAAUAAGACGGACGCUUGCGCAACAUGCGGAAACAACCUCAAAGACUGUAACGGUCAUUUCGGUCAUGUGAGGCUCGUCCUUCCUUCUUUCCACGUCGGUUAUUUCAAGCGCGUUAUCAGCAUUCUGCAAGAAAUUUGCAAGGAAUGCUCCCACAUCCUACUCCCCGAGGCCGAACGCCGUGCUUUCCUUCGUGAGAUGCGCCGCCCUGGCCUCGAUAACCUACGGCGGAACCAGAUUGCGAAGCGAAUUAAUGAACGUUGCCGGAAAACUCGUGAGUGUGGAAAUUGUGGAGCAAUCAACGGUGUCGUGAAGAAGACUGGAACAAGCGCCCUAAAGAUCACACACGACAAAUUCCGCGCAUUCAACGCCUCCACGUCCGUCAAAAAGCAGACCCCUAUUAGCAAGGAUGUGUUCGACAACUCUUUCGCCGAGGCAAGAAGCGCUAAUGCGGAGGUUGAGAAACAUUUUAAAAAGGCACAGGAUGACCUGAAUGCUCUUCGCGUGCUGAAGCUUUUCAAGAAAAUGUCCGACUCCGACUGUGAGUUGAUCGGUAUGAACCCAAAGGAGGCACGUCCGGAGAUGUUCCUCUGGCAAUUCAUUCCAGCUCCUCCCGUUUGUAUUCGACCUUCAGUGGGACAAGAUUCUGCGUCUACGGAAGAUGAUUUGACAGCUAAGCUGGGUGAUAUUGUGCAGAGUAACAUCAACCUUAAGAAUGCUUUGCUCAAGGGCGCUCCGGUUCAAACCAUCAUGGAGUGCUGGGACUAUAUGCAGCUCCAGAUCGCUGUCUACAUCAACAGCGAUGUGCCUGGUCUCAAUAAAGCCGAUCUUGGAAAGCCAAUCCGAGGCUUCGUUCAACGAUUGAAAGGAAAGCAAGGUCGUUUUCGUGGUAACUUGUCCGGAAAGCGUGUUGAUUUCUCUGGCCGAACUGUUAUUUCACCUGAUCCUAAUUUGCGUGUGGAUGAGGUUGCUGUUCCAGAGCUAGUGGCGAAGAACAUGACCUAUCCUGAAGUUGUGACCAGAUACAACAAAGAGAAACUGCAACAACGUGUGGCAAAUGGAAGCUCAAAAUGGCCCGGAGCGAACAUGAUAGUCAAGAAAGGAAACGGAUUCAAGCAGAUGCUCAAGUUCGGUAAUACCCAGUGGAUGGCCGACCAACUGCAAGAGGGUGAUAUGGUCGAGCGUCAUAUCGAGGAUGGCGACAUCGUGCUGUUCAAUCGACAGCCUUCCCUUCACAAGCUCAGUAUUCUAUCUCACUUUGCCAAAGUCCGGCCUCAUAGGACAUUCCGUCUGAAUGAGUGUGUCUGCAAUCCUUACAACGCAGAUUUCGACGGAGACGAAAUGAACCUUCACGUGCCGCAGACGGAAGAAGCGAGAGCAGAGGCGAUGGAGCUCAUGGGUGUGAAGAACAACUUGGCUACUCCUAAGAACGGCGAGCCUAUCAUUUCCGCCAUUCAGGAUUUCAUUAGUGCCGCCUACAUGCUGAGCAGCAAGGACAAUUUCUUCAACCGUGCCGCUUUCACCCAGAUCUGUCUCUACAUGCUUGGCCCCGAAACGCGAUUCGACCUCCCUCCGCCAUCUGUUAUGAAGCCACAGAUGCUGUGGACUGGUAAACAAGUCUUCAACAUUCUUAUGCGCCCUAACAAGGAUGAUCCCGUCAUGGUCAACCUUGAUGCCGCAUGUCGUGAAUUCAAGAUGCCCAAGGAUGGCCGACCAAAGGACUUGGACCCCAAUGAUGGCUGGCUCGUCAUCCGUAACUCAGAAGUUAUGUGUGGUGUUAUGGACAAGUCUACGAUCGGUUCCGGAAAGAAGGACAACGUUUUCUACAUUAUGCUCAGAGAUUUCGGUCCACCGGCAGCCGCCGAAGGCAUGAAUCGUUUGUCAAAACUUUCUGCCAGAUGGUUCACCAACAUGGGUUUCUCGAUUGGUAUCACAGAUGUCUAUCCCAGUGCAAGGCUAGUUCAGUCGAAAAAUGACCUGGUUGAAGCAGCCUACGCAAAGUGUGACGAAGUCAUUGCCCAGUACAAGGCCGGCACCCUGGAAAAGUACCCUGGAUGUGACGAACUGCAGACUAUGGAGAACCAGCUUUCUGGUAUUCUCAGUAAGGUCCGUCAACAAGCCGGUGACGAGUGUAUUGCGCAGCUCAGCAAGUACAACUCGCCCCUAAUCAUGGCUACAUCUGGCUCCAAGGGUUCCAGUAUCAACGUCUCCCAGAUGGUUGCUCUUGUCGGUCAGCAAAUUAUUGGUGGACAGCGUGUACAGGACGGCUUCCAAGACCGUACCUUGCCGCAUUUCCCGAAGAAUGCGCGUCAGCCCCCGUCGAAGGGUUUCGUUCGCAACAGUUUCUUCUCUGGUCUCGAGCCUCAGGAGUUCAUUUUCCACGCCAUGUCUGGUCGUGAAGGUCUGGUCGAUACAGCUGUCAAGACCGCCGAAACUGGUUACAUGUCUCGUCGUCUGAUGAAGUCUCUGGAAGAUUUGUCGUCAAUGUACGAUGACACCGUUCGGAACUCGUCUGCUGCCAUUGUCCAGUUCCAAUACGGUGACGACAAACUGGAUCCUGUGGAUAUGGAGGGUAAGGCUAAGCCUGUCUACUUCGAUCGGACUUUCAUUCACUCCGAGUCUACUACCUACAACAACGACGAGCGAAGUCUGUUGCCGGCUGAGAUCAUGGAGGUGUGCGAAGAGAUGCUUGGCAAGGAGCGUGCGAAGCUACAGCGCAAAGACUUGCUAGGCAAUGAUCUUGCGUACAUGGACCGCAGUGACCAUGGUAUUGAUCAAUUCGAGAGUGCCCGUGAUUUCCUUGACUCGAUCCAGGAAUACGUGCAAACCAAGGCCGACAAGUUGAUCUCUCGUGGUGGCGAUAUUGAUCCCUCCGACGAGCGUAGCCGUAAAGGCUUGGAUCACACCGGCAAGCUGACAAACACAACGUUGAGAGCCUUCAUUACUGCUUGUCUACUGAAGUACAAGAAGGCCCAGGUCGAACCCGGUCAUGCUGUUGGUGCCGUUGGCGCCCAAUCUAUCGGUGAGCCCGGAACGCAGAUGACGCUGAAAACUUUCCAUUUUGCUGGUGUCGCCGGUAUGAGUAUUACCCAGGGUGUUCCUCGUAUUAAGGAAAUUAUCAACGCCUCGAGGGAGAUCAGUACCCCCGUUGUUUCUUGCGACCUGGUCAACAAAGAGUCUGUCGCAGCCGCUCGGAUUGUCAAGGGACGAAUUGAAAAGACCUACCUCGCGGACAUCAUUCACUCUAUCACGGAAUGCUGGAACAAGGAUGAUGCCUACCUCAAGGUUCAUGUCAAUCAACAGACGAUUGACGAUCUGCAACUUGAUAUCAAGACUUACCAGAUCGCCGAAACUAUUAAGACCCACAAGCGCUUCAAGGCAAGCGAUCUUAAGUUUUCAUGCUCGAGAUACACGAUCAAGAUCUUUAUGGAUCUUGAUCCGGCCAGCAAAGCAGGCCUUUCUAAGACCGAGAUCGCAGCUACGAGUGUUGAUCCCUUCCUGCGCCUCAAGCAUCUGAAGCGCAUCCUUCCUCAUAUACAAAUUCUGGGUCACCCACGCGCUACCCGUGCCAUUAUCCGAACGGACGAGACGUCCACGACCAACACUCUGCUCGUGGAAGGUUACGGUUUGAGGGAGUGUAUGACUACUACGGGUGUGGAUGGACUUCACACCAAGACCAACAACGUUAUGGAAGCUCGGGAGGUUCUAGGUAUCGAGGCAGCUCGAAGCACUAUCAUCACUGAAAUCAGUGAAGUUAUGAAGGACAUGGACAUCGAUCCUCGUCACAUGCAGCUCCUAGCAGACGUCAUGACUUACAAGGGUGAAGUCCUGGGUAUCACUCGUUUCGGUCUUGCCAAGAUGCGAGACUCGGUGCUUCAGCUUGCUUCAUUCGAGAAGACUGCCGACCACCUCUUUGACGCCGGUGGUCUUGGUCGCACCGAUCUUAUCGAGGGUGUUUCGGAAUGUAUCAUCAUGGGCAAGACGGUGGGACUGGGUACAGGUGCCAUGGAGGUUGUGCGCAAGUUGAACUUCUACGAAGGGCAGAUUGGCCCGCGCAAAACCGUAUUCGAAGACAUCUGGUCUGAACUUUGCGAUGCCCCUCUGGCACGGAGGCCUAAGAGGAAGGUUCGGUGA